UCAAUAAUUGAGCCCUGAUGUUUGGUGUACCUCCUGUAGUCCUGUCAACCAUAUAUUUAAAUCUAUAUCUAACCCAGUAAAGCCUCAUUAUUUUGUAUGAUGAUGGAGAAUACUAGUAAUGCUAAGCAGCCUUUGUUAUCACCCACCGUGGUUGCGGUUGAUGACGACGACAAUCAAGUUACAUCGAUUACAACGAGAGACAUUGUUGUGGAUGAUGAUGACGUUGAAGAAGAUAUCCCACUCAUCAAAAGCCCUGAAAUAUUCUUCAAAGUGUAUUGGUUGGAGUUGAAGAAGACCAUGUAUCUCGCUGGACCAUCUACUUUUAUGCGUACCUGCCAAUACUCCCUUGGCGCCAUCACCAUCACUAUCUCCGGCCAGCUUAGUACCCUCGAUCUCGCCGCUUUCUCCGUCGAAAACUCCGUCAUCGCUGGCUUCUCCUUCGGUAUACUGUUGGGGAUGGGCAGUGCCUUAGAGACAUUGUGUGGGCAAGCAUUUGGAGCAAAACGAAUAAACAUGUUAGGGGUGUAUUUGCAAAGGUCUUGGGUGAUCCUAAACACAACAGCACUCUUACUGAGCCUCCUCUACAUCUUCGCGACCCCACUUCUUAAGCUCAUUGGAGAAACUACCGCAAUAUCAGAGGCGGCAGGUAGGGUAGCAACAUGGAUGAUACCGCAAUUAUUUGCAUAUGCAAUGGUAUUCCCAAUCAUAAAGUACCUCCAAGCACAACGUAAGGUAAUGACUAUGGCGGCGAUCACUGGGAUAGCCUUGCUCCUACAUGCCUUUUUCUCAUGGUUGCUCAUGCUCAAGCUCGGGUGGGGCCUCGCUGGUGGGGCUGCGGUGUUGAACAUUUCGUGGUGGUUCAUAGUGUUGUCCGAGCUUGCUUACAUUUUCAGCGGGAGGUGUGGAGAGGCUUGGAGUGGGUUCUCUUGGAAGGCCUUUCAUGACUUGUGGGGAUUUGUUAGAUUGUCUGUUGCUUCUGCCGUGAUGUUAUGCUUAGAAACGUGGUAUUUUAUGGCUCUGAUUCUGUUCGCUGGGUAUUUAAAGAAUGCAGAAGUCUCGGUGGAUGCCUUGUCUGUAUGUAUGAAUAUAUUAGGAUGGACAAUGAUGGUGGCUUUGGGAUUUAAUGCAGCAGUAAGUGUAAGAGUAUCAAAUGAACUUGGAGCAGCACGUCCCAGAAUGGCAAAGUUUUCAGUUUUGGUUGCGGUAACAACUUCCUUCUUCUGUGGUUUAAUUGUAUCAAUAUUAAUCAUCUAUCGAAAAGAAUACCCAGCAGUUUUUACCAACAGUAAAGAGGUACAAGAUGUGGUGACUGACCUUACCCCAAUUCUCGCACUUAGCAUUGUCAUCAACAACUUUCAACCUGUUCUCUCAGGUGUGGCAAUUGGAGCAGGAUGGCAAGCUUUGAUUGCAUAUAUUAACGUUGGAUGUUACUACUUUUUGGGAAUCCCUUUGGGCCUCACAUUAGGAUACGUGCUUGGUUUUGGUGUCAAGGGCAUAUGGCUUGGAAUGCUCUCUGGUACAUGUGCGCAAACUAUUAUUCUAUUUUCAAUAGUCUACAAAACAAAUUGGAACAAAGAGGCUUCCAUUGCUGGGGAGAGAAUAAGAAAGUGGGGAGGAACUCAAGACGGAAACACCGAACAUGAAGAAAAAUUAAAAGACGCUGAAAGAUGACAGUUUGGGACUCAAAAUUUUUGGUAUGGAAAACGGAAACUUUUGGGGGAUAAGUUACAGCACUUCAUGGGAGUAGAAAAAAAGUGUCGUUAUAAAAUUACUGGGAACUAUUAGCUUACGUUGCCUAUCAAGUUUUGUGAAGAUUUUGCUAUUAGUAAUUGGAGUAUAUGCUAAGAGAAUAGAUUGGUUAUUAGCGAAACUACAUUCAAGAACUUAUUUUAUGUAUCGCAGAAAAUUGGAUCUUGCUGAUUAUAUUGUAGAGGAUAGACAUUGAUUCCAUCACAACGGGUAAUAAGGUCGAGAUGACCACCACACAUAUGAUGAUGACAAGGAUCCUUUAUGUCCAUCUCGGUAGAUAACCCUCUUGAUAGUCGUGAUGGCACCUAAUCAUACACAUGGCAGUGGCAUCAUCUCCGAGAGAUAUGGGUACGAAUUGUGGAGAUGUCUGGAAUGUGGUCAUUUGCUAUUUUUAAUAGUUGGUUUGACCACCUGUUUGUAUUGGUUGUUUUUAUGUUAGUGGUUUAUUCACUUUUUUUUAUUAAAGUGUUUGGUAAUAUCGGCUAUUGGUUAUGAGGCUCUUUUAUACGAAAUUGACUUUUGACGUCCAUAAA